AUGAAUUCACUCGUUAUUGUAUGCGUACCGCAUUCGGUUGAGUACACACCUGCUGUCCAGUUUUCCUCCCUGGAGUAUGUGACCGUUUCGAUGGGCGAUUUGGAGCAGCUCGAGGCGGAGGGUUCAAACAAUACCCACUCAACCGCAGUUUCCAAACCGAUGGAGGUCGAAGGAACGCUGGUGGACACAAUUCUACACGAUGAUUUGCUAUCACGGAACAGUGUUAGAAAACAGGUGAGCGAAAGCAUGAGCAUACAAAACACCUGUAAGGACGAAAACCUGUCAGUGCUGGACUACAACAUUAACCCGUCCAAAUAUGCUGCAAUUAGCAGUGACAUUAUUUUGGAAGAAUCUUCCUCGAGCCUGGACGAGGGGAUUGGAUUAAGUAACACGGAAGACUCUGGUGACGACCAGAGGAAAGUCCCUUCGAACACGGCAAAAUCUCAUUCACCGUCAGAUCCGAAGAGCGGCAGUGUGAGCAGUCGCGCCCGGAAGGACGCGGGGAGGAAAGUCUAUUGCUGUGAAAUCUGUGACGAGCAGUUCCCGAUGAAGAAACAUCUCCGGGCGCACCAAGCUAAGGAGCAUCCGGGUCAACACUGCAACAAAUGCGCGAUAUGCCAGAAAACAUUCAAACUUCGCUCCAACCUUCGGCAGCACCUGCGGAUUCACACCGGUGAGCGACCCUUCCACUGCGGUGUCUGUGGGAAAACCUUCGUCCAGGGUAGUGCACUCACCGUGCACCGGGAACUGCACAAAGAGCAGCGGGACUACGAGUGUGCGGUUUGCCACAAGGCGUUCAAGUCCAAGUUCGCCUUCAAGAAGCACGAAAAGGUGCACACCGGCUUACGGCCGUUCAAGUGCGAAGUUUGCGGCAAAUGUUUCACCCAGUCGUGCAAUCUGAAGGCGCACCAGAAGCUGCACACCGGCAAUCACGCCUACCAGUGUCCGACUUGCUCGAAGACGUUCCGCUUCAAGUCGCACUACCAAGAUCACCUGCUGACGCACACGAAGGAGAAAAAGUACAGCUGUGCCCAGUGCGGACGCACGUUUGCCUACAAAAAUUCCUACCAAAGGCACAUUCUAAUCCACCGGGACGAAACUCAGCAUCCGUGCACGGUUUGCGGGAAGCAGUUCGCCAAACUGAGUCAUCUGACAUUUCACCGUAAGUCGCACGGUUCCGCCAGGGUCGUCACUGCCGCCCCCGAUGGUAUGCAUGGAGCUGGUACGGUGAAUGGCGACUGUCUGACUUGCAAUAUUUGUGGCGUCGUCCUGGAAAGCAGCGAAAGGAUGUUGGCCCAUCGGAGGGAAGCUCACGCUAACGGCGGUGAGAUCGGCGAAGCAAGGUGUCGGUACAAGUGCGUUAUCUGCAGCAAAUCAUUCCAGGAGGAGAAAGAACUGCGUACCCAUUUCAAGCUCCACGAGGCCGAUGAUUGUCCCUUCCAGUGCGGGAUGUGUGGUAUUCUCAAUCUAACUCAUACCUAG